GGGCGCAUGCGCACAAGCGCGUGUUUAUGGCUGAUUCUGCUGGUCAGGGUGAUGUUGCGAGUUUUGUACAGGGUUCUUUACGGAGUUAACAGCAGGUCUGGGGUCAGUUCUGUACAGCGGACCGGUACCAGAACUCUCAGCAGCGCUAUGGGCAGUUUAACCCCGGAGAACCGCUCUAUUCACUCCGACAACAUCACUGAGGUUCAUCUGAUCCCCAUAGAGCUGCUCAUCAGACCCAUCCCUCCGGUUCUGGACCAGAAUAAAGUACAGAGCCUCAUGCAGACCAUACAGAAGACGUCUGAUACCGGCAUCGUUCCUCCCAUAGACGUGCUGUGGAUCACAGGAGAGCAGGGAGGGAACUACUACUACUCGUUCGGUGGCUGCCACAGAUUCGCUGCUUAUCAGAGGCUGCAGAUGAAGACCAUCCCCGCCAAGAUCAUCAAAUCCAGCAUCUCAGACCUGCGCACCUACCUGGGAGCUUCCACACCUGACCUGCAGUGACCAGAGGACUCCAGACUCAAAAUUUUAGUUUAAAAAUGGAGAACGGACUCAGCUCAGGGGUUCACAGACUUUUGCAACUUGUGACCGAUUUAACCCAGCUCGAAAGGUUACACCACCCACCCUCACAAUUUAAUGGACCAUCUAUAUUAAUAUAUAUUUAGAAAAUACAGGAAUAAUUUUAUAUUAUUAUAUUAUAAUAUAUAAUAAAAAAUAAUAGUUGUCGUGCCAAAUUUGGCCCGCGUGCCAAAAACUGCUACCCAUGGGGACCGAAAAAAAUU